UGCUGCUUGUCAACAGGCGCACUUGGACUCUGCACUUCCCGGUGCGGCGAGCAGCUGAUCGGGCUGGAGAGUGGGACGUUCCGUGUGUCAGUCUGCUGCUGGGGGAUGUCAUCACCACCGGAGACCUUCUUGUAAAAGCACGACUUCAAAAAGUGCAGAAACCGAAAUUAUGACCCAAAAUGGGAGGCAAUGGCAAUAUUUCAUAUGAAAAAGAUUGAUCAGAGAGGCUGUGAUGAAAAUGCAUCAGAUGUCUACUAUACCAUCCAGAGAUGUGCACUCCACAUGUUUCCAGAAGAAGGUCAAAGAAAGAGAAGAACAGUGACCUGUAACACCACAGCAGCAAGUAUUGACCAUCCAUCCAUGUUUCCGUGCAGCGGCCAAUUUGAGAAUGAAAAGACUUUGGGGCGUUCAGUCAGCCGUUCCAGUAACAUUUCCAAGGCGGGAAGCCCAACUUCAGUUACUGCACCAAAUAGCUUUCCACGGACAUCAGUGACUCCCUCCAGCCAAGAUAUUUGCAGUUCCAGUGCUGUAUUUUCUGAAUGUUGUCAUCAAAGUCCAUUGCAGUCUGCUGUUGUGUUGAAAAAUCCCAAAUGCCAGAGUUCUAGGACACCAGGGGCCACGGUGACCAUUGUUUGUCAAGAUGACUUCUCUAUGGAAAAUGCAGAUACAAAAACCUGUAGCAGCAUCGUGAACCCCUUAAAGGCUAAGUCCACCCUUCCAUUCUCAAAGUCACUCAAUAACGUGGACCAAAAAACAGAGAAGUUGUCUGGGAAUGGUGAUUUUGUGGAAAGAACUAGCUCAGAAGGGAAACUGCUUUCAGCCGAAGAUCAUCAUUUUGCAAAGAACAAAUUUCAAUUUCUAGAAAAUGAAGCCAAAUUUACUAAUCCUGUUUGUAAGAAUAACUGUAAUGUUCUGGGUCAAUCAGUCUCAUCCAACCCACUGAAAAUCCCAUAUCUGGACACUAGUCUUGGAUCUGUAUGUAUACCUAUACUCGAUGAUAAGGCAGACAGCGAUUCCUCAAAAAGCAAAACAUUGCUCCACUAUAUAUUUUCUUUUUCACCAAGCUCCAGUGUCCAUAGUCUGAACAGGUUCCCAGAGCUUGAUGGCUACUCUAGAAGUCUUCACGCAGGCACAUCUUCCAGUUUGCUGUUGGGAAGCACUGAUUUUUGCUCUGAUGAUGUCGGGGAUGAUGAUGUAUUUGAGGAAAAUGUUCCUAUCAAAGAAGAUUCAAAGGAACCAAGGGCUCCCCUAUGUUCAGUGGAGGAUAGUGACCUUGAAUGCCCUUCCCCUUCCAAAAAAGUUCCCCCCGCUUCCCCGGUGUCUGCAUCUGGGGAUGUAUGCAGGAUAUGUCACUGUGAAGGUGAUGAUGAAAGUCCUCUGAUAACACCCUGUCACUGUACAGGAAGCCUUCAUUUUGUGCACCAGGCUUGCCUCCAGCAAUGGAUCAAGAGCUCAGAUACUCGAUGCUGUGAACUUUGCAAGUUUGAGUUCAUUAUGGAAACCAAAUUAAAGCCUUUAAGAAAAUGGGAAAAGCUGCAGAUGACUUCAAGUGAGCGGAGGAAGAUCAUGUGCUCGGUUACAUUCCACAUCAUCGCAAUCACUUGCGUCGUUUGGUCUUUAUAUGUUCUAAUUGACAGGACUGCAGAGGAGAUCAAGUUGGGCCAAACCACUGGUAUCUUGGAAUGGCCGUUUUGGACAAAAUUAGUGGUGGUAGCAAUUGGCUUCACGGGAGGACUUUUGUUUAUGUAUGUGCAGUGUAAGGUCUACGUCCAGCUAUGGAAGAGACUAAAGGCUUACAACAGAGUCAUCUAUGUGCAAAACUGUCCCGAGACUUGUAAAAAAAAAACAUUUGAGAAAACAACCGUAAUAAUUGAGCCAAAUCUGGAGAGUAAAGAAGCUCUUGGCAUUCAUCACUCAGACACAAACUCUUCUUACUACACGGAACCAGAAGACUGCGGAGCAGCUAUUCUCCAAGUGUAAAGACAGGGUUCCUGCUGGACUCUUUUUCAGGAGAUGACUAUUUACCGACUGCAGGCAGCUGUAGAUUUAAUGUCCUGAAAUAUUUCCCCCUUCUUCGGUUCUAUCCAUUACUACUAUAAGCGUCUUUACGAGCAAAAGGGUAGAGUCGCAGUUAUUUCUGGUUUAUACCUCUUAGAAGAACAAAAGGAAUGACCUAAAUAUUCAGGAGCACGAUCAACUAAAGGAAUAUUCUAGACCUCAUAGAAGAUGAUUUUUUUAUUUUAUUAUUAUUAAGUACAAAACUACGUAUGGCUUCUCUUGUGGUAUAGUGAGUGAAUAAGGUUUACAGUCCAGAAGGAAAGAUAGGACGUCCUUAGCACAUCCACUGCUCUUACUGCCAAUGACAUCUUUGUUUGGCUCUCGCUUUUUAGAUUCCUGCUUUACUGAAGAGUCACAAGAGCAUCUAGCACUUUUUUUGUGUAAAAAUGGUUUUGUAAUAUCUUUAUUGACUUCAAAUGAUUUCAUUACAGAACAGAGAGCGUGCUCUGUCACUUCUAGUAUAAUUAAUGUGCAACCUCUUGCCUUACAUACUGUGUAUAUAAAUACUGUAUAUAUAUAUUAAAAAAAGUUCUUUCUUCACAACUUUAUCAUUUUACACAUGACGAGAACAAACUUUGCCUUGUUAUUUCAGGAAAAUGCAUCUGUAAGUAGUUGGGGAAUUACCAUUUUUUCUACCACGUAUAUUCAAGACCUUUUUUUACCAAGGAAAAUGCACAAAAUGGUAGAUCUUUGAAUUUCUUGUGUAAUAUUGAAUAAAAAUGUAGAACUUUUAUUACGUUAAAAGUUAUUUUUGUUAUAUCUGUGGUUUUCAGUCAAGUAUUGCCUUGAAACAGUGGGGCGGAUACCGUCUAAGAUUUAGACAGCGCAAACCUAGACUAGACAGUAUAAAGAUGCAGAAGAUUUAUCACAGUGGCUCGUACUAGUAUAAUAAAUCGGGAGCAACUUCAGACUGUCUAGUCUUAUAACCACCUACUACUUGUCUUACUUUGUGCCAGAAUUUAGCAUAAAAACUCUAGUGCAAUUUAUGCAAAAAUAGUGGGAGAUAUAUUUAUGUAAGCUCUCCUAGAAUUGCACUUUAUUUGCAUAAAAAUUUACGGCGCACACUCAAUGCAUUGGACAUAUUAAAUGCGUGCACUUGAAAUUGUACCCACUUGCGAUAUGCUAGUCAGUUAACAUGCUAAAUGUUCAAGUUGAUGACAGUACAAUUAGAAAACGGCUGAACAAGUACGGCUUGUCUGGAGGGGUUGCUAGGAGAAAGCCUCUUCCUAGUGAUGCCACAUUCAUCAGUCAUAUGGCCUAGGCAUAGCUUACUCACAUUCUAAUGAAUGGCGCUGAGCUGCAGUCUCAGACCUGCACCAAUCUCAUAUUGAUGUCCUAUCCUGAGGAUAGGCCAUCAAUGUAAAAAAAGCGGAGAACAUCUUUAAGUUUGCAAGGCUGCAAGCAACUGAAAAAAAUCACAAGGCUUCUGGAACAAUGUUCUUUGGACAAACAAGAUCAAAAUGGAGAUGUUUGGCCAUAAUGCAUCAACCAUGAACUCCACUGAAUAACAAAGUAUUCUAGAGUGAACUGUGAAGCCAUCUAUCCAACAGCUAAAGAUUGGCUGAAGCGGGGCCAAGUCAACAAGACAAUGAUCCCAAGCACACCAGCAAAUCUACAACAGAAUGGCUGAAAAAGAAACGAAUCAACGUGUUGCAAUGACCUGGUCAAAUUCCAGACCUUAACCCAAUUGAAAUGCUGUGGUGGGACUCUAUUAGACCUGUGCAUAAAUGUCCAUAAACCUUAAUGAACUGAACCAACUUUGUAAAGAAGAGUGGGCCAAAAUUCCUUCAGAACGAGACAGAAAAUUAGUCCUACAGACAACGUUUACUUCAAGUUAUUGCUGCUAAAAGUGGUUCUACAAGCUACUGAUUCGUGGGGUGUACUUAGUUUUUCACACAUGGCUUUUCCAUUUUAGCUUCAUUUUUGUUGAAUAAAUUAUGUUACGGUGUCA